AUGAUCCCAGAACCUAAAGGUUGCGAGGUUGCUGCUCUGCUUGAGCAGAACGUCACGGUAACCAUGCACAUCACCAUAGGAACGCGUAACCUCCAGAAGUACGUGAGCAGGACCUCGGUGGUGUUCGUCUCCAUCUCCUUCAUCAUCCUGAUGAUCAUCUCUCUGGCCUGGCUAGUCUUCUACUACAUACAGAGGUUUAGAUACGCCAACGCACGAGACCGUAACCAGGUAGGGUUCAGUAACACACCAGACUACAACAAAGUUGUUGCAGACUGCAUAUAUUUGACUGUUUUGUUUAUUGAUUUCUGAGGGCUAACCCCUAGUCUUCUAUCUCUCUCUCUCUCUCUCUGUCUCUCUCCCUCCUCUCCCUCCCUCUACUCUCUCUCUCUCUCUCUCUCUCUCUCUCUCCUCUCUCUCUCUCUCUCUCUCUCUCUCCCUCUCUCUCUCUCUCCCUCUCUCUCCCCCCACUCAGAGGCGUCUAGGAGAUGCAGCUAAGAAGGCCAUCAGUAAACUGCAGGUCAGGACCAUCAGGAAAGGAGACCGGGAGACAGAGACAGACUUUGAUAACUGUGCCGUGUGUAUCGAGGGCUACAAGCCAAAUGAUGUGGUCAGGAUACUACCCUGCAGGUAAACAAACAUGAAUGCCAGUUAUCAACCUCAACAUUAACGCCAGUUAUCAACCUCAACAUUAACACCAGUUAUCUACCUCAACAUUAACACCAGUUAUCUACCUCCACAUGAACACCAGUUAUCAACCUCAACGCCAGUUAUCAACCUCAACCUCAACGCCAGUUAUCAACCUCGACAUGAACAGCAGUUAUCAACCUCGACAUGAACAGCAGUUAUCAACCUCGACAUGAACCGCAGUUAUCAACCUCGACAUGAAUGCCAGUUAUUAACCUCAACAUGAACGCCAGUUAUCAACCUCAACGCCAGUUAUCAACCUUGACAUGAACGGCAGUUAUCAACCUCGACAUGAACGCCAGUUAUUAACCUUAACAUGAAUGCCAGUUAUCAACCUCAACAUGAACGCCAGUUAUCAACCUCAACGCCAGUUAUCAACCUUGACAUGAACGGCAGUUAUCAACCUCGACAUGAACGCCAGUUAUUAACCUUAACAUGAAUGCCAGUUAUCAACCUCAACAUGAACGCCAGUUUUCAACCUCAACGGCAGUUAUCAACCUCGACAUGAACGCCAGUUAUCAACCUCAACAUUAACACCAGUUAUCAACCUCGACAUGAACACCAGUUAUCAACCUCAACAUGAACGCCAGUUAUCAAACUCAAUGCCAGUUAUCAACCUCAAUGCCAGUUAUCAACCUCAAUGCCAGUUAUCAACCUCAAUAUGAAUGCCAGUUAUCAACCUCGACAUGAACGCCAGUAAUCAGCCUCGACAUGAACGCCAGUAAUCAACCUCGACAUGAACGCCAGUUAUCAAACUCAAUGCCAGUUAUCAACCUCAAUGCCAGUUAUCAACCUCAACGCCAGUUAUCAACCUCGACAUGAACAGCAGUUAUCAACCUCGACAUGAACAGCAGUUAUCAACCUCGACAUGAACCGCAGUUAUCAACCUCGACAUGAAUGCCAGUUAUCAACCUCAACAUGAACGCCAGUUAUCAACCUCAACGCCAGUUAUCAACCUUGACAUGAACGGCAGUUAUCAACCUCGACAUGAACGCCAGUUAUUAACCUUAACAUGAAUGCCAGUUAUCAACCUCAACAUGAACGCCAGUUUUCAACCUCAACGGCAGUUAUCAACCUCGACAUGAACGCCAGUUAUCAACCUCAACAUUAACACCAGUUAUCAACCUCGACAUGAACACCAGUUAUCAACCUCAACAUGAACGCCAGUUAUCAAACUCAAUGCCAGUUAUCAACCUCAAUGCCAGUUAUCAACCUCAAUGCCAGUUAUCAACCUCAAUAUGAAUGCCAGUUAUCAACCUCGACAUGAACGCCAGUAAUCAGCCUCGACAUGAACGCCAGUAAUCAACCUCGACAUGAACGCCAGUUAUCAACCUCAACAUUAACACCAGUUAUCAACCUCGACAUGAACACCAGUUAUCAACCUCAACAUGAACGCCAGUUAUCAACCUCAAUGCCAGUUAUCAACCUCAAUGCCAGUUAUCAACCUCAAUAUGAAUGCCAGUUAUCAACCUCGACAUGAACGCCAGUAAUCAGCCUCGACAUGAACGCCAGUAAUCAGCCUCGACAUGAACUCCAGUUAUCAACCUCAACAUUAACACCAGUUAUCAACCUCAACAUGAACGCCAGUUAUCAACCUCAACAUGAACGCCAGUUAUCAACCUCGACAUGAACGCCAGUUAUCAACCUCGACAUGAACGGCAGUUAUCAACCUCGACAUGAACGGCAGUUAUCAACCUCAACAUGAACGCCAGUUAUCAACCUCAACAUGAACGCCAGUUAUCAACCUCAAUGCCAGUUAUCAACCUCGACAUGAACGCCAGUUAUUAACCUCAACAUGAACGGCAGUUAUCAACCUCGACAUGAACGCCAGUUAUCAACCUCAACAUGAACGCCAGUUAUCAACCUCGACAUGAAUGGCAGUUAUCAACCUCGACAUGAACGGCAGUUAUCAACCUCAACAUGAACGCCAGUUAUCAACCUCAACAUGAACGCCAGUUAUCAACCUCAAUGCCAGUUAUCAACCUCGACAUGAACGCCAGUUAUUAACCUCAACAUGAACGGCAGUUAUCAACCUCGACAUGAACGGCAGUUAUCAACCUCAACAUGAACGCCAGUUAUCAACCUCAACGCCAGUUAUCAACCUCAACAUGAACGGCAGUUAUCAACCUCAACAUGAACGGCAGUUAUCAACCUCGACAUGAACGGCAGUUAUCAACCUCAACAUGAACGGCAGUUAUCAACCUCGACAUGAACGCCAGUUAUCAACCUCGACAUGAACGCCAGUUAUCAACCUCAACAUGAACGCCAGUUAUCAACCUCGACAUGAACGGCAGUUAUCAACCUCGACAUGAAUGGCAGUUAUCAACCUCAACAUUAACGCCAGUUAUCAACCUCAACAUGAACGCCAGUUAUCAACCUCAACGCCAGUUACCAACCUCAACAUGAACGCCAGUUAUCAUCCUCAACGCUAGUUAUCAACCUCGACAUGAACGCCAGUUAUCAACCUCAACAUUAACAGCAGUUAUCAACCUCAACAUGAAUGCCAGUUAUCAACCUCGACAUGAACGCCAGUUAUCAACCUCAACGGCAGUCAUCAACCUCAACAUGAACGUCAGUUAUCAACCUCAACAUGAAUGCCAGUUAUCAACCUCAACAUGAAUGCCAGUUAUCAACCUCAACACCAGUUAUCAACCUCAACAUGAACGCCCUUUAUCAACCUCAACGCCAGUUAUCAACCUCGACAUGAACGCCAGUUAUCAACCUCAACGGCAGUUAUCAACCUUGACAUGAACGCCAGUUAUCAACCUCAACAUGAAUGCCAGUUAUCAACCUCAACACCAGUUAUCAACCUCAACAUGAACGCCAGUUAUCAACCUCAACGCCAGUUAUCAACCUCGACAUGAACGCCAGUUAUCAACCUCAAAACCAGUUAUCAACCUCAACAUGAACGCCAGUUAUCAACCUCAACGCCAGUUAUCAACCUCAACAUGAACGCCAGUUAUCAACCUCAACAUGAACUCCAGUUAUCAACCUCAACAUGAACGCCAGUUAUCAACCUCAACAUGAACUCCAGUUAUCAACCUCAACAUGAACGCCAGUUAUCAACCUCAACAUGAACGCCAGUUAUCAACAUGAACGCCAGUUAUCGACAUGAACGCCAGUUAUCAACCUCGACAUGAACGCCAGUUAUCAACAUGAACAGCAGUUAUCAACAUGGACGCCAGUUAUCAACCUCGACAUGAACGCCAGUUAUCUACCUCAACGCCAGUUAUCAACGUCGACAUGAACGCCAGUUAUCAACCUCAACGGUAGUUAUCAACCUCGACAUGAACGCCAGUUAUCAACCUCAACGGCAGUUAUCAACCUCAGCAUGAACGCCAGUUAUCAACCUCAACAUGAAUGCCAGUUAUCAACCUCAACACCAGUUAUCAACCUCAACAUGAACGCCAGUUAUCAACCUCAACAUGAACGGCAGUUAUCGACCUCAACAUGAACGCCAUUUAUCAACCUCAACGCCAUUUAUCAACCUCAACAUGAACGCCAGUUAUCAACCUCAACGCCAGUUAUCAACCUCAACAUGAACGCCAGUUAUCAACCUCAACAUGAACGCCAGUUAUCAACCUCAACAUGAACGCCAGUUAUCAACCUCAACAUGAACGCCAGUUAUCAACCUCAACAUGAACGCCAGUUAUCUACCUCAACGCCAGUUAUCAACCUCGACAUGAACGGCAGUUAUCAACAUGAACGCCAGUUAUCAACAUGAACGCCAGUUAUCAACCUCGACAUGAACGCCAGUUAUCUACCUCAGUGCCAGUUAUCAACCUCGACAUGAACGCCAGUUAUCAACAUGAACGCCAGUUAUCAACAUGAAUGCCAGUUAUCAACCUCGACAUGAACGCCAGUUAUCAACAUGAACGCCAGUUAUCAACCUCGACAUGAACGCCAGUUAUCAGCCUCAACAUGAACGCCAGUUAUCAACCUCAACAUGAACUCCAGUUAUCAACUUCAACAUGAACGCCAGUUAUCAACCUCAACAUGAACGCCAGUUAUCUACCUCAACGCCAGUUAUCAACCUCAACAUGAACGCCAGUUAUCAACAUGAACGCCAGUUAUCAACAUGAACGCCAGUUAUCAACCUCAACAUGAACGCCAGUUAUCUACCUCAAUGCCAGUUAUCAACCUCGACAUGAACGCCAGUUAUCAACCUCGACAUGAACGCCAGUUAUCAACCUCAACAUGAACGCCAGUUAUCAACCUCAACAUGAACUCCAGUUAUCAACCUCAACAUGAACUCCAGUUUUCAACCUCAACAUGAACACCAGUUAUCAACCUCAACAUGAACUCCAGUUAUCAACCUCAACAUGAACGCCAGUUAUUAACCUCAACAUGAACGCCAGUUAUCUACCUCAACGCCAGUUAUCAACCGACAUGAACGCCAGUUAUCAACAUGAACGCCAGUUAUCAACCUCGACAUGAACGCCAGUUAUCUACCUCAAUGCCAGUUAUCAACCUCGACAUGAACGCCAGUUAUCAACCUCAACAUGAACGCCAGUUAUCUACCUCAACGCCAGUUAUCAACCUCGACAUGAACGCCAGUUAUCAACAUGAACGGCAGUUAUCAACAUGAACGCCAGUUAUCAACCUCAACAUGAACGCCAGUUAUCAACAUGAACGCCAGUUAUCAACAUGAACGCCAGUUAUCAACCUCGACAUGAACGGCAGUUAUCAACAUGAAUGCCAGUUAUCGACCUCAACAUGAACGCCAGUUAUCAACCUCGACAUGAACGGCAGUUAUCAACCUCAACAUGAACUCCAGUUUUCAACCUCAACAUGAACACCAGUUAUCAACCUCAACAUGAACUCCAGUUAUCAACCUCAACAUGAACGCCAGUUAUCAACCUCAACAUGAACGCCAGUUAUCUACCUCAACGCCAGUUAUCAACCUCGACAUGAACGCCAGUUAUCAACAUGAACGCCAGUUAUCAACAUGAACGCCAGUUAUCAACCUCAACAUGAACGCCAGUUAUCUACCUCAACGCCAGUUAUCAACCUCGACAUGAACGCCAGUUAUCAACAUGAACGCCAGUUAUCAACCUCAACAUGAACGCCAGUUAUCAACAUGAACGCCAGUUAUCAACAUGGACGCCAGUUAUCAACCUCAACAUGGAUGCCAGUUAUCAACAUGAAUGCCAGUUAUCAACAUGAACGCCAGUUAUCAACCUCGACAUGAACGCCAGUUAUCGACCUCGACAUGAACGCCAGUUAUCAACCUCAACAUGAACGCCAGUUAUCAACAUGAACGCCAGUUAUCAACCUCAACAUGAACGCCAGUUAUCAACAUGAACGCCAGUUAUCAACAUGAACGCCAGUUAUCAACCUCGGCAUGAACGCCAGUUAUCAACAUGAACGCCAGUUAUUAACAUGGACGCCAGUUAUCAACCUCGACAUGAACGGCAGUUAUCAACAUGAACGCCAGUUAUCAACAGUUAUCAACCUCGACAUGAACGCCAGUUAUCUACCCCAACGCCAGUUAUCAACCUCGACAUGAACGCCAGUUAUCAACAUGAACGCCGGUUAUCAACCUCAACAUGAACGCCCUUUAUCAACCUCAACGCCAGUUAUCAACCUCGACAUGAACGCCAGUUAUCAACCUCAACGGCAGUUAUCAACCUUGACAUGAACGCCAGUUAUCAACCUCAACAUGAAUGCCAGUUAUCAACCUCAACACCAGUUAUCAACCUCAACAUGAACGCCAGUUAUCAACCUCAACGCCAGUUAUCAACCUCGACAUGAACGCCAGUUAUCAACCUCAAAACCAGUUAUCAACCUCAACAUGAACGCCAGUUAUCAACCUCAACGCCAGUUAUCAACCUCAACAUGAACGCCAGUUAUCAACCUCAACAUGAACUCCAGUUAUCAACCUCAACAUGAACGCCAGUUAUCAACCUCAACAUGAACUCCAGUUAUCAACCUCAACAUGAACGCCAGUUAUCAACCUCAACAUGAACGCCAGUUAUCAACAUGAACGCCGGUUAUCGACAUGAACGCCAGUUAUCAACCUCGACAUGAACGCCAGUUAUCAACAUGAACAGCAGUUAUCAACAUGGACGCCAGUUAUCAACCUCGACAUGAACGCCAGUUAUCUACCUCAACGCCAGUUAUCAACGUCGACAUGAACGCCAGUUAUCAACCUCAACGGUAGUUAUCAACCUCGACAUGAACGCCAGUUAUCAACCUCAACGGCAGUUAUCAACCUCAGCAUGAACGCCAGUUAUCAACCUCAACAUGAAUGCCAGUUAUCAACCUCAACACCAGUUAUCAACCUCAACAUGAACGCCAGUUAUCAACCUCAACAUGAACGGCAGUUAUCGACCUCAACAUGAACGCCAUUUAUCAACCUCAACGCCAUUUAUCAACCUCAACAUGAACGCCAGUUAUCAACCUCAACGCCAGUUAUCAACCUCAACAUGAACGCCAGUUAUCAACCUCAACAUGAACGCCAGUUAUCAACCUCAACAUGAACGCCAGUUAUCAACCUCAACAUGAACGCCAGUUAUCAACCUCAACAUGAACGCCAGUUAUCUACCUCAACGCCAGUUAUCAACCUCGACAUGAACGGCAGUUAUCAACAUGAACGCCAGUUAUCAACAUGAACGCCAGUUAUCAACCUCGACAUGAACGUCAGUUAUCUACCUCAGUGCCAGUUAUCAACCUCGACAUGAACGCCAGUUAUCAACAUGAACGCCAGUUAUCAACAUGAAUGCCAGUUAUCAACCUCGACAUGAACGCCAGUUAUCAACAUGAACGCCAGUUAUCAACCUCGACAUGAACGCCAGUUAUCAGCCUCAACAUGAACGCCAGUUAUCAACCUCAACAUGAACUCCAGUUAUCAACUUCAACAUGAACGCCAGUUAUCAACCUCAACAUGAACGCCAGUUAUCUACCUCAACGCCAGUUAUCAACCUCAACAUGAACGCCAGUUAUCAACAUGAACGCCAGUUAUCAACAUGAACGCCAGUUAUCAACCUCAACAUGAACGCCAGUUAUCUACCUCAAUGCCAGUUAUCAACCUCGACAUGAACGCCAGUUAUCAACCUCGACAUGAACGCCAGUUAUCAACCUCAACAUGAACGCCAGUUAUCAACCUCAACAUGAACUCCAGUUAUCAACCUCAACAUGAACUCCAGUUUUCAACCUCAACAUGAACACCAGUUAUCAACCUCAACAUGAACUCCAGUUAUCAACCUCAACAUGAACGCCAGUUAUUAACCUCAACAUGAACGCCAGUUAUCUACCUCAACGCCAGUUAUCAACCGACAUGAACGCCAGUUAUCAACAUGAACGCCAGUUAUCAACCUCGACAUGAACGCCAGUUAUCUACCUCAAUGCCAGUUAUCAACCUCGACAUGAACGCCAGUUAUCAACCUCAACAUGAACGCCAGUUAUCUACCUCAACGCCAGUUAUCAACCUCGACAUGAACGCCAGUUAUCAACAUGAACGGCAGUUAUCAACAUGAACGCCAGUUAUCAACCUCAACAUGAACGCCAGUUAUCAACAUGAACGCCAGUUAUCAACAUGAACGCCAGUUAUCAACCUCGACAUGAACGGCAGUUAUCAACAUGAACGCCAGUUAUCGACCUCAACAUGAACGCCAGUUUAUCAACCUCGACAUGAACGGCAGUUAUCAACCUCAACAUGAACUCCAGUUUUCAACCUCAACAUGAACACCAGUUAUCAACCUCAACAUGAACUCCAGUUAUCAACCUCAACAUGAACGCCAGUUAUCAACCUCAACAUGAACGCCAGUUAUCUACCUCAACGCCAGUUAUCAACCUCGACAUGAACGCCAGUUAUCAACAUGAACGCCAGUUAUCAACAUGAACGCCAGUUAUCAACCUCAACAUGAACGCCAGUUAUCUACCUCAACGCCAGUUAUCAACCUCGACAUGAACGCCAGUUAUCAACAUGAACGCCAGUUAUCAACCUCAACAUGAACGCCAGUUAUCAACAUGAACGCCAGUUAUCAACAUGGACGCCAGUUAUCAACCUCAACAUGGAUGCCAGUUAUCAACAUGAAUGCCAGUUAUCAACAUGAACGCCAGUUAUCAACCUCGACAUGAACGCCAGUUAUCGACCUCGACAUGAACGCCAGUUAUCAACCUCAACAUGAACGCCAGUUAUCGACAUGAACGCCAGUUAUCAACCUCAACAUGAACGCCAGUUAUCAACAUGAACGCCAGUUAUCAACAUGAACGCCAGUUAUCAACCUCGGCAUGAACGCCAGUUAUCAACAUGAACGCCAGUUAUUAACAUGGACGCCAGUUAUCAACCUCGACAUGAACGGCAGUUAUCAACAUGAACGCCAGUUAUCAACAGUUAUCAACCUCGACAUGAACGCCAGUUAUCUACCCCAACGCCAGUUAUCAACCUCGACAUGAACGCCAGUUAUCAACAUGAACGCCGGUUAUCAACCUCGACAUGAACGCCAGUUAUCAACAUGAACGCCAGUUAUCGACAUGAACGCCAGUUAUCAACCUCAACAUGGAUGCCAGUUAUCGACAUGAACGCCAGUUAUCAACAUGAACGCCAGUUAUCAACCUCGACAUGAACGCCAGUUAUCAACCUCGGCAUGAACGCCAGUUAUCAACCUCGACAUGAACGCCAGUUAUCGACAUGAACGCCAGUUAUCAACAUGAACGCCAGUUAUCAACCUCGACAUGAACGCCAGUUAUCAACAUGAACGCCAGUUAUCAACAUGAACGCCAGUUAUCAACCUCGGCAUGAACGCCAGUUAUCAACAUGAACGCCAGUUAUCAACAUGAACGCCAGUUAUCAACAUGUUUGAACCCCUUUUGUAAAUCCUUUAUCCUACCCUGCUGCUAAACCCACCUCAGCACUCAUAAACGUAUAUCAGACACUUUAUAAAUCCAUGGUUGUUUUGUUUCUUUAUCCUGUCAGACAUCUGUUCCAUAAGAACUGUGUGGACCCCUGGCUGCUGGACCACAGGACCUGCCCAAUGUGCAAGAUGAACAUCCUCAAAGCACUGGGCAUCGCUGUGAGUCAUUUCAGAAUCAUUCAGGAGUUGUUCAGGAGUCAUUUACAGAGGUAUCAAUGAGUCACUUACUCAUACCAGUCAGAAAACUGCUUUUUUUUCCUUUUGGUCACCCUCAGAAUUGAAUUGAUCCAAAUCCAUCCAAUCUUGAUUCCCUCACACCAACACGAUUGAAUAUAUUUGAGCUGAAUCCACAUAAACUGAACUGUUUCUCUCUAAUAGUUCUUUGCUCUCUCCUUCCCUUCCUCUGCUCUCUCUCACCCUCUUCCUCUUCCCCUUUCUGCCCCUCUCUCUUUCUCUCUGUCUCUAUACAGUUAAAUGCAGAAUGUCUGGACAACGUGCCAUUGGACUAUGAGAUGAUGGGUGUGGGUGGUGGUGGGGGGGUCGGGGGUCUGGGCCUAGAGGCUGUGGUGUCAGGAGGGUCCAGUGACGGGACCCUCAGUGAGGGGGGGUCGGUGGUUUUAGACCCGGGGGUGCGGAGGGUGGGGCUACCCCAAGACUACCACGAACCAGACCCUCCCAUUACUGCUACUACUCACACACACACACAGGUGAGACUACUGACACACAGGUGAGACUACUGACACACAGGUGAGAGUACUGACACACAGGUGAGAGUACUGACCGACAGGUGAGAGUACUGACCGACAGGUGAGAGUACUGACCGACAGGUGAGAGUACUGACCGACAGGUGAGACUACUGACAGACAGGUGAGAGUACUGACAGACAGGUGAGAGUACUGACAGACAGGUGAGAGUACUGACAGACAGGUGAGACUACUGACAGACAGGUGAGACUACUGACAGACAGGUGAGAGUACUGACCGGCAGAGUACUGACAGACAGGUGAGAGUACUGACAGACAGGUGAGAGUACUGACAGACAGGUGAGAGUACUGACAGACAGGUGAGAGUACUGACCGACAGGUGAGACUACUGACAGACAGGUGAGACUACUGACAGACAGGUGAGAGUACUGACAGACAGGUGAGAGUACUGACAGACAGGUGAGAGUACUGACAGACAGGUGAGACUACUGACAGACAGGUGAGAGUACUGACAGACAGGUGAGAGUACUGACAGACAGGUGAGAGUACUGACAGACAGGUGAGACUACUGACAGACAGGUGAGAGUACUGACAGACAGGUGAGAGUACUGACAGACAGGUGAGACUACUGACAGACAGGUGAGAGUACUGACAGACAGGUGAGACUACUGACAGACAGGUGAGACUACUGACCGACAGGUGAGACUACUGACAGACAGGUGAGACUACUGACAGACAGGUGAGAGUACUGACAGACAGGUGAGAGUACUGACAGACAGGUGAGACUACUGACAGACAGGUGAGAGUACUGACAGACAGGUGAGACUACUGACAGACAGGUGAGACUACUGACAGACAGGUGAGACUACUGACAGACAGGUGAGAGUACUGACAGAAUGGCACCGGAGGGGAUGGCUGCCGUUUUACGGGCUCCUAACCAACUGUGCUAUUUUGUUAUAUAUUUUUUUGCGUUGUUUGUAACUUAUUUUGUACAUAAUGUUGCUGCUACCGUCUCUUAUGACCGAAACGAGUCCGUUGCGAAGGAUAUACUGCUUUCUCAGGAACGGGCCCCAAAAAAAGGGGCCGGAGUUCGGGCUGCCUUUUGAGAAUUCAUAGGCCAGUGAGUAAACCUCCACUACCAUCCGUUCUAUUGGGCAACGUGCAAUCAUUGGAAAACAAAAUGGACGAUCUACGAUUUAAGACUAUCCAACCAACGGGACGUUUAAUAUAUUAUAUUAUGUUUCACUGAGUCGUGGCUGAACGACGACAUGGAUAAGAUAGAGCUGGCUGGGUUUUCAGAGCAUCGGCAGGACAGAGCAGCUACGUCUGGGAAGACGAGGGGCGGAGUUGUGUGUCUAUUUGUCAAUAACAGCUGGUGCGCGACUUCUAAUAUUAAGGAAGUCUCUAGGUAUUGCUCGCCUGAGGUAGAGUACCUCAUGAUAAGCUGUACACAUUUACAUUUUAGUCAUUUAGCAGACGCUACUUAUCCAGAGUGACUUACAGUUAGUGAAUGCAUACACCACACUAUUUACCAAGAGUUCUCAACACAAUGAAAUGGACAGCGCUUUCUAAGGUGAUGAUUAAUUCAAAACACCCAUAUGCAUAUUAGAGUUUAUGCAUAUUCAUAGGCUUAUGAGCCCAAGCAUAAAAUUAUGAUUGUGCCAUUAUACAAUACAAUAUUAUAAAAUAUUAUAUUAUAUUUUUAGUUAUUAUAUUAUACAUUAUACAUAGCCUUACCACAUAUUACACAUGACAGAAAAACAAACCAAAACUGAUUUAAGAUGUCUUUGGUACAUAAUUGGUCUAGCCUUAUAACGACGUUGGAGGCGGCUUAUGGUAGAGAAAUGAACAUUCAAUUCUCUGGCAACAGCUCUGGUGGACAUUCCUGCAGUCAGCAUGCCAAUUGCACACUCCCUCAAAACUUGAGGCAUCUGUGGCAUUGUGUUUUGAGAUAAAACUGCACAUUUUAGUGGCCUUUUAUUGUCCCCAGCACAAGGUGUACCUGUGUAAUGAUCAUGCUGUUAAAUCAGCUUCUUGAUAUGCCACACCUGCCAGGUGGAUGGAUUAUCUUGGCAAGGGAGGAUUGCUCACUAACAGGGAUGUAAACCAAUUUGUGGCCAAAAUUAGAGAGAAAUAAGCUUUUAGUGCAUAUGGAAAAUGUCUGGGAUUUUGUAUUUCAGCUCAUGAAACAUGGGACCAACACUUUAUAUGUUGCGUUUUAUAGUUUUGUUCAGUAUACAGUGGGGGAAAAAGUAUUUAGUCAGCCACCAAUUGUGCAAGUUCUCCCACUUAAAAAGAUGAGAGAGGCCUGUAAUUUUCAUCAUAGGUACACGUCAACUAUGACAGACAAAAUGAGGAAAAAAUAUCCAGAAAAUCACAUUGUAGGAUUUUUAAUGAAUUUAUUUGCAAAUUAUGGUGGAAAAUAAGUAUUUGGUCAAUAAUAAAAGUUUCCCUUUGUUGGCAAUGACACAGGUCAAACGUUUUCUGUAAGUCUUCACAAGGUUUUCACACACUGUUGCUGGUAUUUUGGCCCAUUCCUCCAUGCAGAUCUCCUCUAGAGCAGUGAUGUUUUGGGGCUGUCGCUGGGCAACACGGACUUUCAACUCCCUCCAAAGAUUUUCUAUGGGGUUGAGAUCUGGAGACUGGCUAGGCCACUCCAGGACCUUGAAAUGCUUCUUACGAAGACACUCCUUCGUUGCCCGGGCGGUGUGUUUGGGAUCAUUGUCAUGCUGAAAGACCCAGCCACGUUUCAUCUUCAAUGCCCUUGCUGAUGGAAGGAGGUUUUCACUCAAAAUCUCACGAUACAUGGCCCCAUUCAUUCUUUCCUUUACACGGAUCAGUCGUCCUGGUCCCUUUGCAGAAAAACAGCCCCAAAGCAUGAUGUUUCCACCCCCAUGCUUCACAGCAGGUAUGGUGUUCUUUGGAUGCAACUCCGCAUUCUUUGUCCUCCAAACACGACGAGUUGAGUUUUUACCAAAAAGUUAUAUUUUGGUUUCAUCUGACCAUAUGACAUUCUCCCAAUCCUCUUCUGGAUCAUCCAAAUGCACUCUAGCAAACUUCAGACGGGCCUGGACAUGUACUGGCUUAAGCAGGGGGACACGUCUGGCACUGCAGGAUUUGAGUCCCUGGCGGCGUAGUGUGUUACUGAUAGUAGGCUUUGUUACUUUGGUCCCAGCUCUCUGCAGGUCAUUCACUAGGUCCCCCCCGUGUGGUUCUGGGAUUUUUGCUCACCGAUCUUGUGAUCAUUUUGACCCCACGGGGUGAGAUCUUGCGUGGAGCCCCAGAUCGAGUGAGAUUAUCAGUGGUCUUGUAUGUCUUCCAUUUCCUAAUAAUUGCUCACACAGUUGAUUUCUUCAAACCAAGCUGCUUACCUAUUGCAGAUUCAGUCUUCCCAGCCUGGUGCAGGUCUACAAUUUUGUUUCUGGUGUCCUUUGACAGCUCUUUGGUCUUGGCCAUAGUGGAGUUUGGAGUGUGACUGUUUGAGGUUGUGGACAGGUGUCUUUUAUACUGAUAACAAGUUCAAACAGGUGCCAUUAAUACAGGUAACAAGUGGAGGACAGAGGAGCCUCUUAAAGAAGAAGUUACAGGUCUGUGAGAGCCAGAAAUCUUGCUUGUUUGUAGGUGACCAAAUACUUAUUUUCCACCAUAAUUUGCAAAUAAAUUCAUUAAAAAUCCUACAAUGUGAUUUUCUGUACCUAUGAUGAAAAUUACAGGCCUCUCUCAUCUUUUUAAGUGGGAGAACUUGCACAAUUGGUGGCUGACUAAAUACUUUUUUCCCCCACUGUAGUAAAGACUAGGUUAAAUUGAGGAUAGUCGGAUGGGUGAAAAUAUGAUCACUUGAUGAGAGAACUGAGGCAAGGAACAGAGAGCAAGCUUUUCUUGCUACUUUCUCAAAUCACCAUACAGCCUAUAGUCACACCAUACAGCCUAUAGUCACACCAUACAGCCUAUAGUCACAUCAUACAGCCUAUAGUCACACCAUACAGCCUAUAGUCACCCCGUACAGCCUAUAGUCACACCGUACAGCCUAUAGUCACACCGUACAGCCUAUAGUCACACCGUACAGCCUAUAGUCACACCGUACAGCCUAUAGUCACACCGUACAGCCUAUAGUCACACACGUACAGCCUAUAGUCCAACCGUACAGCCUAUAGUCACACCGUACAGCCUAUAGUCACACCGUACAGCCUAUAGUCACACCGUACAGCCUAUAGUCACACCGUUCAGCCUAUAGUCACACCAUACAGCCUAUAGUCACACCAUACAGCCUAUAGUCACAUCAUACAGCCUAUAGUCACAUCAUACAGCCUAUAGUCACACCAUACAGCCUAUAGUCACAUCAUACAGCCUAUAGUCACACCAUACAGCCUAUAGUCACACCAUACAGCCUAUAGUCACACCAUACAGCCUAUAGUCACACCAUACAGCCUAUAGUCACACCAUACAGCCUAUAGUCACAUCAUACAGCCUAUAGUCACACCAUACAGCCUAUAGUCACACCAUACAGCCUAUAGUCACACCAUACAGCCUAUAGUCACCUCAUACAGCCUAUAGUCACACCAUACAGCCUAUAGUCACACCAUACAGCCUAUAGUCACAUCAUACAGCCUAUAGUCACAUCAUACAGCCUAUAGUCACACAUACAGCCUAUAGUCCACACCAUACAGCCUAUAGUCACACCAUACAGCCUAUAGUCACACCACCAGCCUAUAGUCACACCAUACAGCCUAUAGUCACACCCAUACAGCCUAUAGUCCCACCAUACAGCCUAUAGUCACACCAUACAGCUAUAGUCACACAUACAGCCUAUAGUCACAUCAUACAGCCUAUAGUCACACCAUACAGCCUAUAGUCACACCAUACAGCCUAUAGUCACAUCAUACAGCCUAUAGUCACACCAUACAGCCUAUAGUCACACCAUACAGCCUAUAGUCACACCAUACAGCCUAUAGUCACAUCAUACAGCCUAUAGUCACACCAUACAGCCUAUAGUCACACCAUACAGCCUAUAGUCACACCAUACAGCCUAUAGUCACACCAUACAGCCUAUAGUCACACCAUACAGCCUAUAGUCACACCAUACAGCCUAUAGUCACACCAUGCAGCCUAUAGUCACACCAUACAGCCUAUAGUCACACUAUACAGCCUAUAGUCACACUAUACAGCCUAUAGUCACACCAUACAGCCUAUAGUCACAUCAUACAGCCUAUAGUCACACCAUGCAGCCUAUAGUCACAUCAUACAGCCUAUAAUCACAUCAUACAGCCUAUAGUCACACCAUACAGCCUAUAGUCACAUCAUACAGCCUAUAGUCACACCAUGCAGCCUAUAGUCACACCAUACAGCCUAUAAUCACACCACACAGCCUAUAGUCACAUCAUACAGCCUAUAGUCACAUCAUACAGCCUAUAGUAACAUCAUACAGCCUAUAAUCACACCAUACAGCCUAUAGUCACAUCAUACAGCCUAUAGUCACACCAUACAGCCUAUAGUCACAUCAUACAGCCUAUAGUCACACCAUACAGCCUAUAGUCACAUCAUACAGCCUAUAGUCACACCAUACAGCCUUAGUCACAUCAUACAGCCUAUAGUCACAUCAUACAGCCUAUAGUCCACACCAUACAGCCUAUAGUCACACCAUACAGCCUAUAGUCACACCAUACAGCCUAUAGUCACACCAUACAGCCUAUAGUCACAUCAUACAGCCUAUAGUCACAUCAUACAGCCUAUAGUCACACCAUACAGCCUAUAGUCACAUCAUGCAGCCUAUAGUCACACCAUACAGCCUAUAGUCACAUCAUACAGCCUAUAGUCACAUCAUACAGCCUAGAGUCACACCAUACAGCCUAUAGUCACACCAUACAGCCUAUAGUCACACCAUCAGCCUAUAGUCCACACCAUACAGCCUAUAGUCCACCAUCCCUAUAGCUUCCAUCAUACAGCCUAUAGUCACAUCAUGCACGCCUAUAGUCCACACCAUACAGCCUAUAGUCACAUCAUGACAGCCUAUAGUCACAUCUACAAGCUAUGCCUUGUCACCACCAUACAGCCUAUAGUCACAUCAUACAGCCAUAGUCACACCAUACAGCCUAUAGUCACACCAUACAGCCUAUAGUCACACCAUACAGCCUAGUAGUCACACCAUACAGCCUAUAGUCACACCAUACAGCCUAUAGUCACACUCAUACAGCCUAUAGUCCACAACCAUACAGGCCUAUAGUCACACCAUCAGGCCUAUGUUCACACCAUACAGCCGAUAGUCCAACCGUCAUACAGCCUAUAGUCACAUCAUAACAGCCUAUAGUCACACCUCAUACAGGGCCUAUAGGCACACCAUACAGCCUAUAGUCCCCCCCCACAUCAGACAGCCUAUAGUCCACCACCAUACAGCAUAUAGUCACCAUCAUGAACAGCCUAUAGCACACACAUCCAGCCUAUAGUACAUCAAAGCCUAGUCACUCAUAAAGCCAUAGUUCACAUAUACAGCUCAUAUAGUCCACAAUCAUACAGCCUAUAGUCACAUCAUACAGCCUAUAGUCACACCAUACAGCCUAUAGUCACACCAUACAGCCUAUAGUCACACCAUACAGCCUAUAGUCACAUCAUACAGCCUAUAGUCACCUCAUACAGCCUAUAGUCACAUCAUACAGCCUAUAGUCACACCAUACAGCCUAUAGUCCCAUCCAGCCAUUACGCGCUAUAGUCACAUCAUACGCCUAUAGUCACACAUACAGCCUAUGUCCACCAUCAGCAUAUAGUGCUAGCUGUGUCCACUAUAAACCUGGUUCGAAUCCAGGAUUGUCUUAAGCCGUCCGCGACCCGGAGCACCAUGGAGCGUCACAACUGCUCAGCGUUGUCCAGGGUCAGGAGAAGGCCGGCAGGAUGUAGCUCAGUUGGUAGAGCAUGGCCUUUGCAACGCCAGGGUUGUGGGUUCGAUCCAGUGUAAAAAUAAUAUUAUCACUCCUAAUGAGUCGCUCUGGAUAAGAGCGUCUGCUAAUUGACUAAAAUUUAAAUGUAUAUGUUUAGAUUUCUAAGACAUUCUAAGGUUUGUCUCAUUCACAACUAAAGUUGCCAAAUAACUCUAAAUCUAGUUUAUAGGACCUGUUUCAAAUGAUCACUUUUACCCUCAACAUAGCCGCUUCAUAUGAGCACUCGCUCUGGAAUGGGAAAAAUAUCCUUUCGAUUUUAUUCAGUUAUAAAAUAAAUGAUUGUGGUCCUCUGUAGCUCAAUUGGUAGAGCAUGGCGCUUGUAACGCCAGGGUAGUGGGUUCGAUCCCCGGGACCACCCAUUCGUAAAAAUGUAUGCACGCAUAAGUCACUUUGGAUAAAAGCGUCUGCUAAAUGGCAUAUUAUAUUAUAAAAUAAUGGCAUGGGACUUAAAAGCAUAUCUUAUCUGCUAAAUAAACAAGCCUACAGCCUAUGGCAUGGAGCAUAGCCAGAUAACAUACAGUAGGCCAACUCAUAUUCUGUUCUUCUGAAAUACAUUUUCUUCAUAUCAUAAUGUUUCUUUAGACUAAAUAAAUAAAUAAAAUAAAUAAUGGGUUUAUUGUGCUGUAUAUUAAAAUGAUUUAUUAGACUUUUUAUUUUUAUUUUAAGGUUUUUAAAUGUAGAUGUUCCGAAGGCGCGCAUCAGCAGCGUGUAUGCGUGGAGUAUAAAGGAGUUUAUCUUCAUUAACGGAUUAACGGUCAGUUACCGUGAGAUCGGCUGUCUUUUGCAUGUGAAUAACCGGCUGACAAAAUGUAUUGACCGCCACAGCCAUAGGUUCUGAUGACAAUAUUACACACACAGCACUUAUAGUGCCACCUGGUGACAGCUUGGAUGAAUUGCAUCCUCAUCUCUCUCUCUCUGUUCCUCUGUCAUCCAUCCAUCUUUCUCUCCCUCCCUCCCUCCUCUGUCUCCCCCUAUCUCUCUCCCUCCCUCCCUCCUCUGUCUCCCCCUCUCUCUCUCUCUAGGUGAGCUCCAGCCCAUGACCAGCAGAGCGUCCGUGGCGUCCCUGGUGAUCGCCGUGGAAACGGGGCUGUCGGAUGAAGGACUGUCACUGGAACAACCAACCCCUACUGGGGACAACAAGUCCUGA